AUGAUCUAUUAUUCAACAAAACUUAUUACAUUUACUUGUUUAAUCACACAUAUAUUAAGUUUAAAUACUGAUAAUAAUCAAGACUUUCAACAGAACAUUUUAAAUUAUGAAGAACAUGAAAAUAAUAAUAAUACUUUAUCAUCAUCGGACUUAAUUAUUGUAAAUGCAAGUAUAUCGGAUUUAUUAGGUUAUAAAUUUGAUCCAAAAAUUGAUUUUUCUUCAAAUUGGAGUGGAUUAAAUGACACAGAAGUUGAAGAAAUUAAAAAGGCUGCAAAUUAUUUAUCAAAUGAUAAUGAUAAUGAUAACAAAGACUUGUUAAAUCAUCGAGUGUUUAUGGCAUAUAUUCUUUCUUUUAUAGUUGUGUAG